AUGCCUUUUGGUCUAAAGAAUGCCGGGGCAACGUAUCAGAGGGCUAUGGUCACGUUAUUCCAUGACAUGAUGCACAAGGAAAUCGAAGUAUACGUCGACGACAUGAUUGCGAAAUCGAGACGUGGUGAAGAUCAUGUUAAAGUCUUGCUGCGACAGUACACACUUCAUCACCAAAUCUUGUUGGUGACCGAAAAUGAUCCCAUCAGGUAUCUCCUAGAGAAGCCGGCAUUGGUUGGCAAGUUGGCCAAGUGGCAAAUCUUAAUUUCUGAGUUUGACGUUCAGAGCCUAGGACAGAAGUCUGUUAAAGGUCGAGCCAUAGCAGACACGUUGGCAGAAAAUUUCGAGAGGUCCAGAGCAUCUGAUGAGGAUAGUGAUGCAAAAGAGCAAAUUUUACUUGUAUCAAGCGAUAAAUGGACAAUGUACUUUGAUGGUGCGGUUAACUUGGUUGGGUCGGGUAUCGGGGCAGUUCUUAUCUCCUCGGAUGGACAGCAUUACCCCGUCGCUGCUAAAUUGACGUUCCCUUGCACAAAUAACAUCGCUGAAUACGAAGCAUGCAUUCUUGGCCUCCAAGCCACCGUUGAUAUGAAAAUUCGGAAGCUGCAAGUUUAUGGUGAUUCAUCCCUUAUCAUCUUACAGACUGAAGGCAAAUGGCGAACACAGGAUUCUAAAUUGAUUAUGUAUCAUGAGUUCCUGGGGGAGUUGACGGAAGAAUUCCAAGAAAUAUCAUUCGAAUAUUUACCAAAGUCUCAAAAUCAGUUUGCUGAUGCCCUAGCUACCUUGUCUUCGAUGUUGCAAGUAGUUGGAGGUUUGGACAUUGAACCAUUGAGAAUUGAAAUCCUUAGGCGCCAAGCUUAUUGUAUGACGGUUGAAGAGGAACCGGAUGGACAACCUUGGUAUCACGACAUCUUGAAGUAUCUACAGAAUGGUGAAUUCCCCGAAGGAAGUGAAGCAGCAGACAUAAAGCAUUUGAUAAAGCUAGCAUCAAAAUUCUUCACCAGUGGAGAUGUCCUCUACAAAAGGUCCUUCGACUCGACAUUACUAAGGUGUGUCGAUGCUAAAGAAGCCGAUCGGUUGAUGAAAGAAAUACAUGAAGGGGAGUGCGGCCCCCAUAUGAAUGAACACUUCUUGGUGAGAAAGAUCAUGAGACUCGGUUAUUAUUGGCUGACCAUGGAGUCUGACUGCAUUCAGUAUGUACGACGGUGUCACCAGUGUUAG